AUGACGCAGUUCACACCAACACUGCCACCUUUGCACCAAAUAACACCCCUUUCCAACUCCAUCAGUAAUAACAACAACAUUCAAGUUCCUAGGACGACCAAUUUGUGGCCAAAAUUCCAACAAUCGAAGGCACUAGGAAGAUUGGGCGAUGCUAAUUGCAUGGAACAGUUGCUUAUUCACUGUGCCGACGCCAUCGAGGCCAAUGACGUCACUCUUGCCCAACAAAUCCUCUGGGUUCUCAAUAACAUCGCACCUCCCGACGGCGACUCCAACCAGCGUCUCGCCGCCACAUUCCUGCGUGCCCUCGCCGCACGCGCCGCCAAAUCUGGAAGCUCCAAAAUGUUAGCCGCCGUCGCUAGCGCUCACAGCAACACCAGUCUCGCCAUCCGAACCCACCGCUUCUCCCUCAUCGAGCUCGCCAACUUCGUCGACGUCACCCCCUGGCAUCGCUUCGGCUUCACAGCAGCUAAUUCGGCCAUUCUAGAAGCCACGGAAGGUUUCUCCACCAUCCACAUCGUUGACCUGAGCUCAACACACUGCAUGCAGAUUCCCACCUUAAUCGACGCCAUCGCUUCCCGCCAUGACGUCCCUCCUCUGAUAAAGCUCACAGUAGUGGGUGCUUCAAGAAACAUCCCGCCUAUGCUUGACAUUUCCUACGACGAACUGGGUUCAAAGCUGGUCAAUUUCGCAAAGUCUAAAAACGUCAUGAUGGAUUUUAGAGUGGUUUCAUCGACUCACGCAGACGGGUUCGCUGCUUUGAUCCAAUACCUUGGGUUGCACCACCUUCAGGUGACGGAAGCUUUGGUGAUAAACUGUCACAUGAUGCUCCACUGGAUUCCUGACGAAACCCUAUCCGCUGCCUCUUCUUCAUCCCUGAGAUCACUGUUCCUGAAGGCACUGCGGAGUUUGAACCCAACGCUUGUCGUUUUGGUGGAGGAGGACGCAGAUUUGACAUCGAGCGAUUUGGUGUGCAGGCUGAGGGCUGCGUUUAACUACAUGUGGAUACCGUACGACAUGGUGGACGCGUUUGUUCAACAAGGGAGCAAGCAAAGGCAGUGGUACGAAGCGGACAUAUGUUGGAAGAUAGAGAAUGUGAUAGCGCAAGAAGGGGCUGAGAGGGUAGAGAGGCUUGAGAGCAAGGGCAGGUGGGAGCAGCGAAUGAGAGAUGCUGGGUUUCAGGGGGUUAGCUUCAGCGACGACACCGUUUCGGAGGUGAAGGCCAUGCUGGACGAACAUGCAGCGGCGUGGGGGUUCAAGAAGCAAGACCAACAUCUUCUGCUGACGUGGAAAGGACAUAAUGUCGUAUUUGCCUCUGCUUGGUUUCCUGCUCGAACCUUGUUCUCCCUCUCUACUUUAACCCAUUAA